GGGAGAACCGGAGAGCUAGAGGGACGAGGUGGAUUUGGGAAGAAGAACAGGAGAACUGCUCUUGCUCUCUCCGGUUCUCCCGAUCAGUUGCUAACAUUUGGUAUCAGAUUCAAUCAUCCUGGAUCCACUUGCUGUUUUGCCGCGGCUACCCCGAUCUUCCGCGAUGGAGCACCAAGACGCCGCCAUCUGCAAGCUGCUCGAUGAAAUGCGACUCAUGGAGGCGCGUCUGUCCGAGCGCAUCAGCGGACGCUGCGACGACGUCGAGCACCACCUGGACGAGCACCGUGAAGAGCCCUGUGACGAGACGUCUCGCUUCGACAAGGGUCCCAUCUUCGACGAGAAGCCCUGUUUCCACCGCCACUUCCUUGAUUCGGAUCCGAACUCUCCCUGCAACUGGGUCGAUCUGCUCUCGGUCAUCCGUGCAGUGGCCCCGAGCUCCCGGGAUUUGCUUCCUCCACCGGGCAUCUCUGCCGUGCCGAGCAGCUACGUCGCAAGCAGGCAUCCGCAGACCGCAGGAGGACAGAGAACUUGUCCAGCCCCCGCGACGAGUCGAGUCGGCUACUUGCGUCGAGUCAAGCGUUCCCAGGGCCUCCAGCACCGAGCUGGACAGGGAGUUCAUCGCCGCCUCCGCCUUCGUCACAGCAUCAGUUGCCUCCAGCACCAGUGCCCUCGAGGCAGGCGCACACGUGGACGUGGCUGGCGAACCGGAGUUUCCGCCUCGUGUCACCCUCGAUGGCCACCCCGACGACGAACUCCUCCAUGUCGAAGGGGCGGUGGUCCGGCCACUUCUCGAAGAGCGUGAGCAGCAGCACGGCACGGCCCAGAGGGUCAUCGUUGCGCGGGGACAAUCGGUCCUCCACCGUCAGUACCAGCUGGACUCGUCCCCGCUCGACUCCUGCAACAUCUUCGCUCCUGAAAGACCGGCCGACCGGGAGAUGGUCGAGGCGUCAGCCGUCAUGGUGGUGUGGGCGUACGACGCCGCGUGCGACCGCGUCGGCGUGCAGGAGGUGAAGCACGCGUGCGAGGUCGGAUGCAGCGGUGGCGAGAUGUGCCUUUUCACGGACCUCCUCGGCGACUUGCUCUGCCGCAUUCACCGCUCGCCGGACUCCCUCAUGUUGGUCGUGGAGACAACAAUCGGCACCAACAGCACGGAGAUCGCCGGAAUCGUUCGCGGCUGCGCCAAGACCGCCGUCUCUGUUGGCACCACCCAGCAGGCCAAAGACGACCCCAUCUACACCAAGGUUGGCUCCAUCCUUGGCCUCCGCGUCUCGCCCAGCCACUGGAGGAAGGGCAUGGGGAAGAAGCUAGCGGAUCGGGAGGAGGACGAGGUUGUCCAAGCCUCAUACACGUACAACAUCUACAACAACUGGGCUCCAUUGGAGGAUGCACUCAGACUGUUUGAUAGAAUGUGCAUGGAGCAUGACUCGCCCAGGACAAGUGCUGUGAACCUUGGGAGCUUUAAUGUGAUGGUUGAUGCAUACUGUCAUGCUGGAAGAGGUCAAUAUGCGAUUAAGGUGUUUGGGAAGAUGCCGAGAAGAGGCCUGUGCCAGAUGUACUCCUCCAAUAAUCUGAUUGACUGGCUAGGGAAGAAUAAACUUGUUGGGAAGUCUGAAGGAUGGUACAUGGAGGAAGCUGCAAGAGCUGUAUUGGGUGAGUGGAAUAAAGCAAUCAUGGCCACCACCUGUGCAAAGUGUGAUACUGGGUGAUGGUGUUCAAGUCAGGCUUCCGCCUUGGCCACCACCUGUUUGGAAAGUAUGGUUGUCAAUGAAGAUUACUGGUCCACUGAGUUUCAAGUUGGGUCCCAAAUGGCGAGUGGAAGGAUUGGUCUAUUGGAAUUAUUGUAGUCCACAAUAUACACCAGAAUUGUUGGGAGUUCAGGCAUCGGUUCACCAGAUGACAGUCAAAGUGACCAUUGGACAGACUAUUUCAUGCUCACAUCUGUUGCGCAGCGGAAAGAUAGCUACGAUUUGCCAUGAUGCAAGUAUUGCCCACUCUGAGCAUCAGUACGUUGCUACUGGGAUGCCUACAGAAGUUGUUCUGGAGGUUUUGGUUGAGAACAUGGGACUUCCUGGUGGUUAUACCCCAUCUUUCGAUUCAUCUGAUUUGCGAAGGAGUUGUCAGUGGUGGAAUAAUCUGGCCAAGAGAGUAGCAACUCUGGAAUUUGAUCGCACUCGAAAGUCAAUGGGAGUUAUUGUGAAAGCAAACUCUGGGAAGAACUCACUGCUUGUUAAGGGAGCUGUAGAGAAUCUGCUAGAGAGAUGUACCUACAUUCAGUUGCUCGAUGGAUCUGUUGUGCUAUUGGAUGAUGGUGCCAAGGCACUCAUAUUAUUUACACUCCAUGACAUGUCUGCCAGUGCCUUGAGUUGUUUGGGUUUUGCUUACAAGUAUGAAUUGUCAGCUCCCCGAGAAGAAGUCCACAAAUCAAUUGACACAUGUUAUGGUUGCAACAAGAGACAACAAAGAAACAACAGAGGCCAUUUGCCGUAAGAUUGGGGUUUUCAGCCCUAUGAAGGUCAAACUGGCAUGGUCCGGCAUGGAUCCUGCCUUGCCCACCUAGGAGGAUGCUACAGCUUUGAAGGAACGCUCCCUGCACGCGUCGGCUUGGGGACAAGCCGCAUUUGAAGACCCGGGGAAUGUCAGCACUGAUGAUCCACAAGAGAAGGAGACGAUGGAGCUGAAGACUGACAAAGGCGACGUGGCGUGACUCCAGCGUUUGAGGCGCGACAAUAUUUGUGUGUCUGGGCCAGACCGCCAGAGUGGGUUGUCUGAUGGCCGGGUUGGGCCGGGUUGUAAGCGCUGGUUUGUAAGCGUCGCAUAUAAGCGAACUCUUGGGAGAGGGUGAAUCAUGGAACAACAGAAAGCUUACAACAAUUACCUUCGUCGCGUCCACUUCUCCUGUUCUUCUUCCCAAAUCCACCUCGUCCCUCUAGCUCUCUCUGGUUCUCCCGAUUGGUUGCUAACAGAGCAUAUUCUCCUCGCCAAGAUAAAGUGCUCCAAGAACCGCCUGUACCUGGUUGAUCUGAACAUCGUGCAGCUAGUGUGCUUGGUGGCGUGGCACAACGAGGAGCCGUGGUUGCGGCAUGCCCACUUUGAGCACCUGAGCUUCGACGUGCUCGGGUGGAUGGCAAGGUAGCAGAUACAUGGUUGGUGGGGAAGCCGAGGAAGCUCCUUUCCUAAGGCAGCAAGCAAGUAUCUCGCUGGAGCUCGUCCACGGUCACCUUUGCAGGCUAAUCACUCCACUGACGCACAGAGGGCAACGAUAUUUCUUGCUGCUAGCCGAUGACUGCAUCUACUUCAUGCGGUUUUAGGAUUUCCAGGAUUGCCCGAGAGCCAAAGUUAGACGGAUGGGUUGCAAGAGCUGCUAUAUUUGACACCCUUCGUGGCACUGUUAGUUCCAUGCAAGUAACGGUGAUUAUCUUAGGCCCUCUUGCACACAUCUGUUGAUUGCCGCAGGAAACUUGUUGUUGCUGAUUGGAUCUUGAGGAUUCCACGGCGAUUGAGAGAAAAAAGAAAAAAAAAAGCUUCUUACUGAAUUUCAUGGCCGACUUGGCGCUCGCCGGCUUAAGGUGGGCAGCAUCGCCGAUUGUCAACGAGCUUCUUACUAAAGCUUCAGCUUACCUCAGUGUGGACAUGGUGCGUGAGAUCCAACGACUAGAAGCCACUGUCCUGCCACAGUUCGAGCUGGUGAUUCAAGCGGCCCAGAAGAGCCCCCACAGGGGCAUACUGGAGGCAUGGCUCCGGCGUCUCAAAGAAGCCUACUAUGAUGCCGAGGACUUGUUGGACGAGCAUGAGUACAAUGUCCUUGAGGGCAACGCCAAGAGCGAAAAAAGUCUCCUGCUGGGAGAGCAUGGAAGCUCCUCCACUGCAACUACUGUCAUGAAGCCUUUUCAUGCUGCUAUGAGCAGGGCACGGAACUUGCUCCCUCAAAACAGAAGGCUAAUUAGCAAGAUGGACGAGCUCAAAGCAAUCCUGACAGAAGCCCAACAACUUCGAGAUCUUCUUGGUUUGCCACAUGGCAAUACCGUCGAGUGGCCAGCUGCAGCACCUACCAGUGUUCCCACAACCACAUCACUUCCCACUUCCAAGGUUUUUGGUCGCGACAGGGAUCGUGAUCGUAUAGUAGAUUUUCUUCUCGGCAAGACAACAACUGCUGAGGCAAGCUCAGCUAAGUACUCGGGUUUGGCCAUUGUUGGAUUGGGAGGAAUGGGGAAGUCCACCUUAGCACAGUAUGUCUAUAAUGACAAAAGGAUAGAAGAAUGCUUUGAUAUCAGGAUGUGGGUGUGCAUCUCACGCAAACUUGAUGUGCAUCGUCACACAAGGGAGAUUAUAGAGUCUGCAAAAAAGGGAGAGUGCCCACGUGUUGAUAAUCUCGAUACUCUCCAGUGCAAAUUACGUGAUAUACUACAAGAGUCACAGAAAUUCCUGCUUGUCUUGGAUGAUGUUUGGUUUGAAAAAUCUCAUAAUGAGACAGAGUGGGAGUUAUUCCUUGCUCCAUUAGUCUCUAAACAGUCAGGGAGGAAAGUUUUGGUGACUUCUCGAAGUAAAACACUUCCUGCCGCUAUUUGUUGUGAACAAGAACAUGUCAUUCAUUUGAAAAACAUGGAUGAUACUGAGUUUUUGGCUCUUUUUAAACACCAUGCUUUCUCUGGAGCAGAAAUCAAAGACCAACUAUUACGCACGAAGCUGGAAGACACUGCAGUGGAGAUUGCUAAAAGGCUUGGACAAUGUCCUUUGGCAGCAAAAGUUCUGGGUUCUCGAUUGUGCAGGAAAAAGGAUAUUGCUGAAUGGAAAGCUGCUCUAAAGAUUGGAGAUUUAAGUGAUCCCUUCACAUCUCUGUUGUGGAGUUACGAGAAGUUAGAUCCACGUCUGCAGAGGUGCUUCUUGUAUUGCAGCUUGUUUCCAAAAGGUCAUAGAUAUGAUCCUAAUCAGUUGGUUCACCUUUGGGUGGCAGAAGGAUUUGUUGGUUCAUGCAAUUUGAGUAGGAGAACAUUGGAAGAGGCUGGGAUGGAUUACUUCAAUGAUAUGGUCUCUGGAUCUUUCUUCCAAUUGGUUUCUCAAAUGUAUUGUGAUUCGUACUAUGUCAUGCAUGAUAUCCUUCAUGAUUUUGCAGAGUCACUCUCUAGGGAAGACUGCUUUAGAUUAGAAGAUGAUAAUGUGACAGAAAUACCAUGCACUGUUCGACAUCUAUCUGUUCAUGUUCAAAGUAUGCAAAAGCAUAAGCAAAUUAUCUGCAAGCUAUAUCAUUUACGCACUAUUAUCUGCAUCGAUCCGCUAAUGGAUGGUCCAAGUGAUAUUUUUGAUGGCAUGCUACGGAACCAAAGAAAACUGCGUGUAUUGUCUCUGUCAUUUUACAGCAGCAGCAAGUUGCCAGAAUCUAUUGGUGAGCUGAAGCACCUCCGGUAUUUGAACCUCAUCAGGACGUUAGUUUCUGAAUUGCCUACAUCAUUAUGUACUCUCUACCACUUACAAUUACUUUGGUUAAACCACAUGGUGGAGAAUUUGCCUGACAAACUAUGCAAUUUAAGAAAGCUACGACAUCUAGGAGCGUACGUGAAUGAUUUCGCGAUUGAAAAGCCUAUUUGCCAAAUUCUGAAUAUAGGUAAGUUAACGUCGCUACAACACAUUUAUGUCUUUUCUGUACAGAAGAAGCAAGGCUAUGAGUUGCGACAGUUGAAGGACUUGAAUGAGCUUGGUGGCAGUUUAAAAGUGAAAAAUCUUGAGAAUGUCAUUGGAAAGGAUGAAGCCGUAGAGUCGAAGCUAUAUCUGAAAAGUCGCCUUAAAGAGUUAGCAUUUGAGUGGAGUUCCGAGAAUGGCAUGGAUGCAAUGGAUAUUCUAGAAGGUCUGAGACCACCACCCCAACUGAGUAAGCUCACAAUCGAAGGUUACAGAUCUGAUACAUAUCCUGGGUGGUUACUAGAGCGAUCCUAUUUUGAGAAUUUGGAAAGUUUUGAGCUUAGUAAUUGCAGUUUGCUAGAAGGCCUACCACCAGACACAGAGCUCCUUCGGAAUUGCUCUAGGUUGCAUAUAAACUUUGUUCCAAAUUUGAAGGAACUAUCUAAUCUUCCAGCAGGCCUUACAGAUUUAUCAAUUGAUUGGUGCCCACUGCUUAUGUUUAUCACCAACAAUGAGCUAGGACAUUAUGACUUGAGGGAAAAUAUAAUAAUGAAGGCAGACGACCUGGCAUCUAAACUUGCAUUGAUGUGGGAGGUGGAUUCAGGAGAAGAAGUUAGGAAUGUACUGUGGAAAGACUAUUCAUUUCUGAAGCAGUUGAUGACAUUGAUGAUGGAUGAUGAAAUAUCAAAGCAUCUUCAAAUUAUUGAAAGUGGUCUGGAGGAAAGUGAAGAUAAAGUAUGGAUGAAAGAAAACAUCAUCAAGGCAUGGCUCUUUUGCCAUGAACAGAGGAUAAGAUUCAUUUAUGGAAGGACCAUGGAGAUGCCAUUGGUUCUACCGUCAGGACUCUGUGAACUUUCUCUUUCUUCAUGCAGUAUUACAGAUGAAGCUUUAGCUAUUUGCCUUGGUGGCCUCACUUCACUGAGAACUUUACGAUUGGAAUAUAAUAUGGCAUUAACUACACUUCCAUCAGAAAAGGUGUUUGAGCAUUUGACAAAGCUUGACAUAUUGGUUGUAAUGGGUUGUUUGUGUCUCAAAUCACUGGGGGGCUUACGUGCUGCUCCAUCUCUUUCCUCUUUUUACUGUUUGGAUUGUCCUUUUUUAGAGCUAGCACGUGGAGCAGAACUAAUGCCGUUGAACCUUGCUGCAGACCUCAACAUCAGUGGCUGCAUUCUUGCAGUUGAUUCAUUCAGUAAUGGCUUGCCACACCUGAAACAUCUUUCCAUUUAUGUUUGCAGAAGCUCCCCAUCCUUAUCGAUUGGCCACCUGACCUCCCUUGAAUCAUUACGUCUAAAUGGCCUCCCUGAUCUUUACUUUGUUGAAGGCUUGUCUUCCCUGCACCUUAAGCACCUAAGUUUAGUAGAUGUUGCAAACCUCACUGCCAAGUGCAUCUUACCGUUUUGUGUCCAGGAAUCGCUCACGGUUAGUAGCUCUGUAUUGCUCAACCACAUGCUAAUGGCUGAAGGGUUUACAGCCCCACCAAAUCUUACUCUUUUAGCUUGCAAGGAGCCGUCAGUUUCAUUUGAAGAAUCUGCAAAUCUCUCAUCCGUCAAGCACCUGAAGUUUUCAUGUUGCGAAACGGAGUCCCUGCCUAGAAAUCUAAAAUCUGUCUCAAGUCUGGAGAGUCUUUGUAUACAACAUUGCCCCAACAUAACAUCUUUACCAGAUCUGCCGUCCUCCCUCCAGCGCAUAACUAUAAGGGAUUGUCCCGUCUUGAAGAAGAACUGCCAAGAACCUGAUGGAGAAAGCUGGCCAAAGAUUUCGCACGUUCGUUGGAAGAGCUUUCUACCAAGACCGCACUGGAUUCCUUAGAGUUGCCACUUUGAAAUAAAUGAGAAGGCACCUUGACGUCACCCCUCUUCUCUUGAAGCUCCAGAGUUCAGGCUCAAGUCAGAAGCCAAUCCGUCGUUAAUGCUGCCGUCCCCGCGGUUCCCUGUUUUUGCCGCUUGUAUUGCUCCGCUAUUUCAGUUGCUAUAUCAUUCAUUCCUUGGUUGUGCACAAUUGCCAAUAUGUAUUUCUCUGACAGAAUGAAGUGAUAACUGUGGCUAGGGCUUUUGUUUUCA